CCCACAUUCGACAUUCCCAUUUGCCUCCACCACAGUGUCAUCCGGCUACAAUGCAACAAGCACCUAUUUGCAACCCCACAACGACCACCGCAAGAUGGUGGUCGAAGGACUCGAUAGCCAUUGUCACCGGAGCAAACAAGGGUAUCGGGUACGCCUUGGUCAAACGGUUUGCUCAACUAGGGUUAACCGUUGUGUUAACGUCACGAGAUCCGUCCAAAGGUGUAAAGGCAGUGGAUUCGCUUAAGGUUUUGGGACUUGAUGGGAAUAUUUGUUUCUGUCAACUUGACAUAUCUGAUCAAGCUUCCGUUCGCUCGUUCGUUUCGUGGUUUCGAUCCAAAUUUGAUGCCUUCGACAUUCUAGUGAACAAUGCAGCUGUGUGUUUCAACGCCAUGAAGGAAAACUCGAUGGAACAUGCAGAAACAGUGGUGAAGACCAACUACUAUGGAUCCAAACUCUUGACAGAGGCCAUCCUCCCUCUCUGCCGUCCCUCCAAUUCUCCUUUCAUCACUCGCAUUCUCAACAUCUCUUCAAGACUUGGCACAUUAGAUAAGCUGAAGAACACAAAAAUGAAGGCAAUACUAGGAGACGAAAAGAGACUAAGUGAAGAUCGAAUAGAUAUGGUGGUGGGUGUGUUUUUGCAAGAUGUGAAAGAUGGAAGAUGGGAAAGACAAGGAUGGCCAGAUAUAUGGACGGAUUAUUCAGUGUCGAAGCUUGCAUUGAACGCAUACUCACGGGUUUUGGCGAGGCGGUAUGAAGGUUUGGUGAGUGUCAAUUGUUUUUGUCCAGGGUUCACUCAGACAGCCAUGACGGAUGGCCAGGGCAAGCAUUCGGCUGAUGAUGCUGCAGAAAUGGCAGCAUCGCUAGCAUUGCUUUCACCAUCUCGUCUAACCACUGGGAAAUUUUAUACAGGAUCCACCACCCGUGGCAUGCAUUCAAAAUUGUAGCAUUGAUUAACAUGCUCGACCGUAUUAAAUAUUACUAUUGAUUAUUAGUCUAAAACUUUUUUACAAUUAAUAUACCGUUGUGUUGUUGGCAAUCGUGUUCUGAUUGAUUCUUAUCAAGUUAGCCUUUAGCCUGAGUAUCAUUUAGUUAUGAAAGAAUACAGUAUUUCAGUUUAUAUCU